AUGCGACCCCCCCACCACAAAGUAAAAAACCAAGAGUCGGGCGAGUUGACCAGUAAAAUCUACUACAAAGGCACUGCCAAAGGGAACGUCUCCAUAAAGGAGGCAUCCAUUGACGGCAAAUAUAUUCUCUUGGAAAAUACGUCGUUGACCGCAGACGAGAACAUUGGCAAAUGGCAACUGGUGAGGAAGGUGGAUGACAAACCUGAAGUGACGUUCACGUUUCCGGAAGAAUUCAUUCUCAAGGCCGGAAGAUCAAUCAAGGUAUCACCAAAUCAAUAA